AAUUAUUGGGCUCGUCUUGAAACUAGUCCAUAAUCUCACCAGACACAGCCCAAUAUAACAUCAACAAGCCUAGCCGUCGAUCUAAACAGAUAUUACGAAAGACUAUCUCCGCCGUCCAAUCUAGGGCAACACAAGAACGAAUCCCCACUUAUAUAUUCUCUUUCAUCCCUUCUGAUCAUCGCCUUCGCCUCCAGACCAAAAACCCAAUCACCGGAAAAAAAAAAGUGAAAAAUGGUGCAGAGGCUAACAUACAGGAAGCGGCAUAGCUAUGCCACGAAAUCAAACCAGCACCGGGUCGUCAAAACCCCCGGCGGGAAGCUGGUGUAUCAGACCACUAAGAAGAGGGCCAGUGGUCCCAAGUGUCCCGUGACUGGCAAGAGGAUCCAAGGGAUUCCUCAUUUGAGACCUGCUGAGUACAAGAGAUCGAGGUUGCCUAGAAACCGGAGGACUGUGAAUCGUCCGUAUGGUGGAGUGUUGUCUGGUGUUGCUGUGAGAGAAAGGAUCAUUAGGGCUUUCUUGGUAGAGGAACAGAAGAUUGUGAAGAAGGUAUUGAAGAUUCAGAAAGCAAAGGAAAAACUUGCUUCCAAGAGCAGCUAAGCUAGAAUGUGAGUGGAUACGAUUAUGGAACUGUAUCGAAGUUUUUGGAGCAUUAUAUCUGUAUUUUUGUUGGGAUUCUUUGGAAUAUGACUUAUUUUAUUUUUCUUCAGUUUGUCGAGCAAUCAUCUUUUUCUCUAGGAUUUUGGAUUCUCAGUCAUCUGAUGCCCCUUUGAGUUCUGUUUGGAUUUUUGCAGUGAUAUGGUUUAAAGGAUUUUGGUUUUAUUGAAAUCUUGAGUCUAGUAGUUUAUAAUAUUUUGUUGGAUUAGAAAUCAAAGGAUUCUAAUCUGAAAUUGCUUUCCCUGUUUUCAAUAUGAUGAGCAGAUGGGGAUGGAUGGCUGCAUUUUGCAAGCCAUAUUGAUUGUGCAAUGAUCUCAAGUAUGACACUUGGGAUUUCAGCUGGGAAAAAAAAUUCCUUUUUUUUUUAGAAAAUGAAAAACCUGUUUUCUUCAACUAGCUGGACCAAGACAAUCUACACUAUGAUAUAUAUCAUCAAUGUCUUGCAGUAAAUUGAAGAUGCAAAAGUGUUUUUAGAUACUUUUAUUUACAUGUCAACCAAAAAAACUAAUUGCAUUUCAAUUAUUGCUACAUACUAAAUUAUGAGUUGAGUAUUGUUCGGCUUGAUUUUUUCAUUGGUGCCUCGGCUUAACCCAAGCUUGUUAAGGCUUAACACGACUCAUGACUCUUAAAAUGUAUACAAUUGUUUGAGAUGGAUUUGAAUUUUAUUAGCUCGAGAUUGGGUUGGA